AUGAAAGGUGUAAUAUUCUUCUUUGUUCUUACUGCUACGUUCGGCAGUGUUCGCAGUCAACAGGCAUGUAUGAAUGGUAAUUGGGCGCAAUGUGCUGCGGAAGCCGUAACACAAUUCCGUCAACUUUAUUCAUCGUACAAUACUUGGCACGAUAACGAGCAAGUACCAAUGUUCGGCACAACAUGCUAUUCAGCGAGCAAAGCAGGUUUCUAUCGUUGGAAUUGGCGUUGGCAAGGACGAUUCUGGUGUCCCACUCUAUCAGGCCUUGAAGGAUAUUCGAACAAUUGGGAGAGCCAAAAAGGUGCCAUUGAGCAUGCGGUUGAGGAUUACGUACGAAAAGGCGCACAACAUGGCUUUCUGCCGCCUAAGCGAUUGUUGGAUCCGCUUGAUGGUCCAGGACACCGUGGUGAGUUAUCAUCUUGUUUUAUCAAUUUUCAAAAGUGA